CCGCCAAAUUCGUAACCUCAUCAGAGAUUACUUUAAAAUCAAGUUUGAAGAUUAUAUUCUAUUAUACUGAAUAUUACCUGUAAAGUUCGAUUAAAGUAUAUAUAAAGUGUAUAAUGGUGAAAUAAUUCACAUUGAUUUUGAAAAACUAUCUUGUGAAGAGCUCAAUUAUGGCUUUGUUAUUCAAAAUAGAGAGUCUUUGUGAAGAAUUGACAUCCAAUAAAAUAACUGAUCGUAAAAAGGCUUCUUCUAAUUUUUUACAGACAGUACGAACUGAUGAAACAGUUAAAAAUUGUAACCAAAACGGAAAAAAAUAUUGGACACUGCUUAUUAGUUCUGUGCAUAAAUAUCUUUUAAAGGAAGCUGACAAAGCUUUUGAAGAUAAACGAAAGAAAGGAACUUUUUCUCAGCCAAAUGGAAGCUUGUUUUGUGAAAUUGUGAAACUAACCAUUUCAGAAGGGCGAGACUAUAGUGUGGACACUAUAGUUAGCUGCAUCAGCCAGUGUUUGGAAAGUGAUACAUUGAGUCAAUUUUGUAUUAUACAUUAUUUGAAUGCUCUACAAAGCAUAAUGUUACCUAAUGAAUAUAUUCGAUCCCACAUAGAAAUUUCUGAUUGGAAUGUCAUAUAUAAAAGAAUCAAGAAUAGAUAUAAAAAUGACGCAGAAAGUAAUGGAAAUAUUUCGAAAGAUUUAUUGAAUUCUCUUUCCCAUUAUAUAAAAUAUGGACCCCUUCAUGGCUUUUCUAUUGAAUUAUUGAGAGAACAGUUCCCUUUCAUUUCACAACUAUGUAAUAGCGUCAACAUUAAUUCUACAAGACCUAUUCAAAUUGCUAUUGUCGAAAUAAUGUAUCACUUUACUUUACAUACAGCUAAAGAUAGCCGAUCAUCUUGUUGUAAACUUGGAGAAGAUUCAUUCCAUUCUUUAAUUGGAUUAUAUGAGAUUCAAAACCCUAGAAAUGAUGGAAUGAAACUAAAAUUGGUGAAAUAUCUUUUACUCCAAUUUUCAUUGCAUCAUCCAAGAAGUAUACCUGAAGGCCACUCAGGUGCUUAUGCAUAUUCCUGGGAAAAAUGGAAUCAAUGUAUGAAAUCAAUAUAUAGAAAAUGUUACGAAGAUAUUACUCAUUGCUCCAAGUUCCAUUCACAUUGUGCCAAUACAAUGCCUAUUUGUAGCAAAAAAGAAAUCAAAUAUCUGCAGAAGGAUUUUGCUAGGCUUUUUGCAGAAUCAAUAAGACAUAUGGAAAUGACUCAAAGCCGAUCAGAACAAGGAUCAUUUGAAGAGAGGGAUAGGACUAAAAAACUGAAAAUGGAAUCACCUAUAACCGAUCUUAUAACUUCAAUUGAAAUGAGUCAAAAAUGGCCAUGGUUAAAUGUAAUGUGUAUGUUACUCAAAAUACAAUCAGACAUUCUUAAUACAUCACAAUUUUCAUCACUUCUACAAAUUUUAUCGAAAUUACAAGUGGAAUGUAAGGAUAGUUCCUUAGCGCAUCACAUCUACAACUGUUUAGUCCUACUUGAAAAUAUUCAGUCUUCACUAGGACUGGGUGAAAAUCCAGAGAUUCAGAAUACUUGGAGUAUCAUUAGAGAUACAGCCUUGAGGACGUUUGGAUUGAAUCAAAAUGAUCCCAGUUUGCAUAAUCUACUUCAGAGGCUUGUUAUAGGUGCAUACAAUAUCAGUUCAGAAAACAUAAUUCAAACAUACAUUUCUGAAGUUUUGGAUGUAACAGAACAUAAUUUGACAACUUUAGCUACAACUUUUGAUCGGUUGAAUUUCUCUCAAACUAGAACUCAGAAUGAACUACUGAUUAAAUGGAUUCUCAGCAAGAAUACUGUCGAAGAUUAUAAUUAUCUUUCCAAAAAUAUUACUGCAAAAAUUCUCGUUGGCCUGGUUGCUAAUAAGUGGCCUACUUCCAUACAAGAAAGAGAAGUUAAUGAGAUGAAAAGUGAAGAACAACCUUUUAAAGAAAUUGCAGAUAUUUAUCUGAAGCUUGGUUUUGAAACCUCUCUUACAUCACAUGAAAAUGAAAAACAACUCAAUAUAGUUGAAAACAAGCUGAGGAAAGUUACUUUACAAGAUGCCUUAUGUAUUUUUUUGAAGAAUUCACUGAAAACGUUGGUAAAAUCAUCUGAUUCUUGCAAUAGUAUAAAAAAGUUGAAGCAUUAUUUAAAUAUUACUGCACUUAUAAAGAAUAUUCUGAAUUAUUUACUUGAUUUCCAACUGAUCGAAGAAACUGGUCUGGACCAAAAUAUUUUAUUAGAAAUUAUGGUAUCAUUAUUGGAUAAAAUAAAUGACACUUUGUCUAUUUGCUUCAAUGAUAAAAAUUUUGAUGAUGUUAUCAUUUCUACAUUGAAUGAAUGCAUGAUUUGUUUCUGUGAAAUAUUUUCGGAUUCUUCAAGUUCUUAUCUUGAUGAAAAAAUUAGGAGGAUAAUAACGACAGACUUACUUAAGACCUUCUUUACUCUCCUUUUAGAACAAGACAGAGAGAAAAAAGUAGAUUUUAAAGAAUUGAGAACACCGUUAUUGAAUUUAAGGAAGAAUGUCAUAAAGGUUUUGGUCAUGUUUUCUUGUGGGCUGCGGAAAUUUGCCACACCUAAUCAGAAAUUUGUGUUUGAUGCCCUGGUAAAAUUAGAAUACGGCGUUGAUGAAUAUUCAAAUUGUGAUUUGCCUUUUAUAUUUCUGGAGAGUACUGCCAAAAGUAAGAUAGAAGAUUUGGGAGAGCAAAGAAUAGCAGCAGUAUUGAUGCUUCUAUACAAUUUGUGCACAACUAGAUAUCGAUACUAUUCUUGUGCCAAAAAUAUUUUGGAGUUUAUACACUAUUUUUCCACUAAUGUUGCAAAUGAUGGUUCAAAACAAUCAAAAGAUGACAUGAUGGAUAUGCUUUUUCCAUUUUACAUGGAACAUAAACGUUAUGGUCCUGCAUAUAGUGUUAUUUUAGUGAAUUGCAUAGGAAAAUUAUAUGAAAUUGAUACAAACCAUGACUUCGCCAAAUGGAGUGGCAGUGAAGUGGUUUUGAAAUUACCUGAAUUUUUGUGUAAUGACUACCUGGAAGUCAGAUUUGCUGCUAUACAGAAUAUCAUAAGAUUUUUCGAAGUAUCAUCGUCCAGAAAGAAAAUUGAGGAUAUUCAUUUACAGGAAAUUGUUUUCCAAAAUAUUUGUGAUAAGAGUGACAAAAUUUUUGAAGUAGAAGGGAACUUGACCAACGAAAGACAAAUAGAUGAAAUUGUUUCAAGAUCUGCCAGUGCAUUACAUGUCUUGAGUUCAAUAGUAAUAACGAGUCACCAAUGGAGAGAAAAUGCUUUGUUUGUUCUUUUCAAAAUAAUUUAUAAACGUCGACUAGACUGUUUUCCCAAAGUACUCAAGAUGAUUUCACAAUAUUUGAAUUUGAAAAAUGAAUCAGUAUUAUUGGAGAAAUAUUCAAAUGGUAUUUUAAGGAGAUGGUUAAAUGAAGAUCUCGGUCUGGAUGAUUUUCUUUUUUCUCUAUUUGGUUGCGACAAUAUGAAAGACUUUUAUGAAAAGAAUAUGAAUGAAAUUUUGCCAUAUUUGAUUGAAAAUAGGAAGGAACUAAGUAUUGUAGAAUCCACUGGAAAAACUUUGACUGUUAUUUUAGAAGAAUGUUUUUCCACUUUAUGUGUUAGAGGUCUAGUGUCCAAUAUUGCCGAGUUUUCUCAAAUUGAUUUUGAGAAUAAUAAUUUAUUCAUUUGUCUUAUGGAACACUGUGGACGCCAAGAAUUCUUGUUGAAUUUUGCAGCAAAAAUUGAUGAAAUACUAUACAAUUUAUUGUCAGCUGUUAAAGAUCAGGACGAUAUAUCAAAAAAAUUUGAUAUACUUUUAAUUCUUCCAAAAUCUGUUGAACAGAAUAUUACACUGAGAGACUUUUGUGAAGUGAUCGAUGUAAUUAAGGAUAAAGUUUGCCAUGGACAACCUUUGGUGCUUCAUUUACUCACAGAGAAAGUGAAUAAACUUCAGAAUAUAAUGAUGAAGCUAAAUAUAAAAAUACAUAAUUCCUUAGCUCUGAAUGACAAAUUAUUAGCUUUUCAUCAGUACACUAUAUUAAAUGAUAUGUGCAUGCAGUACUUCAGCUCAUCAGAUGCAAGAGAAUAUUUCAUAAGAGAUAUUUGUUAUGUACUAAUCAGAAUCAUCAAGAACAAUUCUGAAUUUUUAGAGCUCAGGGCAAGUGCUGUUAAAUAUUUCAAAACAUGUUUGGAUACUCUGAUUACAUUCCCUGAGAUUAUGCGAAAAAGUUUCAUACCAAUAGUCACAAUAUUCAUCAAUAUUAUCAUAGAUGGGAAGAAUGAUUUACUGACUGAUCUAACAUUAGAUCUCGUUAAAUAUUUGAUUAACGAUCACAUAGGAAUCUUUGAAGAUAUCAUCAAAUGUAUGGAUAAUUUACCAGAACACCAUUUGUUAUUGGAACUAUCUGAGGUUCAAUCUAAAUUGAAGAAAGUUGAUGAUGAAAUUUCCCUCAAAAAGGAGAUUCAAAAUUUCGUUGAUAAUGGUUACACCAAUAAAGAUUGUUCAUCUAAAAUAGAUACUCUGAAAAACUUGAAAAUGUACUUAUUCACUCUGAAAAGACAACUGAAAAACUUAUAUAGGGAUCUUAGUAAACUCAAUGGUUUUUCUGAAGAUUGUGAGAACAGUUUACUACACCAGAUGGUUAGUCUUUUGGUUGACUUAUGCCUCUCCAAGGACAAAGGCGUGAGUAUGGAAGCUUUGAAAUGUCUAGGAGAAUUGGGCCCAUCAGAUUUGAUGACUUUAAUAGUUAAACCAGAAAAACAAUUAUUUUUUGAAAAUUCUACUCCUCAAGAAUUUUUUACCGGACAAGUCAUAUCCUUGUUGAAUAUGUAUCUUAUCGAUGACAACAUUCAACUUAUUUGUCCAUCAAUGGAAAUUUUAUUCAGCGCUCUUAAUACUUCAGAAGGAAGAAAGGCAUUAGAAUCAGGGAAUGAUUAUGGGUAUGGUCCAUUACCCAAUGAGUAUUUCACCCCGUUUCUCAUUGGUAAGAAGCCUAAAUCCUUUAUUCCGAGUUUGAAAAAGAGCAUGGAUCAAUUGUUGUCUCAAAUUGAUUUGAAUCAUUUAUGGUGCCCAGAAGAAUCUGUCGAGUAUGAUGAGUGGAUAAAAAAUUUACUUUGCAAAAUAUUACAAACUAUAUCCGAUUGUUAUAUUCCCAAAUUAAUACCAAUUUGUGAAUUGAAGAUUGCAUUCUGUGAAGCAUUACUACCCUCGUUAGUUUAUCUUCUGGUCAGUUUAAAUAACAACAUUAAUACCAUAAUAACAAAAAAAAUAAACAAGUUUUUCGAAGGACAUUGGACUGCUAUUAUGACAAAUAAUAAGCAGAACCUCAUAGUUCUCAAUAAAAAAGCAGUAAAGGUGAUGUUGAGUGUUGUUCAUUUUGUAAGAGUGAACAGAAGCAAUUUAAAACAAGAGACAAGAGCAGAAGAUUUUGACUUAGAUUACUUGAAAAUUGCAAAAGCUGCUCAAUACUGUAGUGCAUACUUCACUUCAUUGUUGUAUACAGAGAUUUGGUGUCAUUCCAAAGUUGAAACAAUAGAUUCUUAUUCAUUCAAAAGUUCUAUAUUGGAUCUUAUUCAUGAAUCGGAUGAAGGAGAACUAUCGUUGGCUGUACUCAAUAUAUUAAGAUCAUCAUAUAAAGCAAUUGGAGACGAAGAUUCACUUCAGGGAUGUGGAACAUCUUUGCUAUUAAAUCCUCAACUUAGAAUAGAACAUUUCAAAGAUGUUGGAAUGUGGGAUCAAGCAAUAUUGUAUCAGAACCUUCAAAUAUCCCGCGAUGUUCCAACAUCUAAAGACAUGCUAAUUGAUAGUCUGAAGCACUGUGGAUUAUAUGAAACUUCAUUAAUGUGCAACGAUUCACUAAUCGCACCUGAUUAUGAAUGCAUGUGGCGUUUAGGUAAAUGGACCCUACCAGAAAUGAGAAAAUCAGUUGAUAAGAAAAAGGUUUCAUUCAACCACGAGAUGGAAAAGUACAAAUAUCUCAUUUUGAAGGCAGUGCACGAAAGAGAUGUUUUCAGCGUCAUGGAGCAUAUAGAGAGUGCUCGACUCUCAGUUGUAGGAAAACUGAAACAUACCAGUUUGGAAAGUAGCAGUAAUCUGUAUGGUAUUCUUGCUUACCUGCAGAGUUUCAAUGAAAUAGAGGAAUUCUUGAAUGCUUCUUCAAAUACAGAAGAUUUGAAUAUCGUCAUAAAAAAAUGGCAUCAUCAAGAUGAAAUUGAUAAAAGAUUUAUUUAUGUGGAACCAAUAAUCACUCAAAGAAUGAUUAUUCUGAGUGAUUUUCUACAAGAAUUCGAAGAUGUAACAUUCUAUAAAGAUCAUCUCAUUGAUUUUGCCCUGAAGUUAUCAGAGAAAGCAAGAUUAGAAAAUAUUAAUCAUUUUGGAAUUCGCGCAUUGAAUUUCGUAAGGAAUCUUCCGAAGCUCACCGAAAAUGAAGAAAACAGAAUAUUUUUGGAAGAUGCCCAGUUAUGUUGGGAAAGCAAUAACAAGCUUAUUGGCAGAAGGAUUCUCGACAAAAUAGCUGGAAAUGAAGAGAUUAAUCCGAAAUUAAAGUCUGAAGCACUGAAGUUGGUUGGUAAGUGGAGCGCCGAAUCUUACUCUGAACAUGCAAAUACCAUAAUCGAGAAUUAUUUGGAACCAUCACUGGUAUUAAUGAAAGAUUCUGAUAAAACAAAAGAUGAGUGGAAAUCUAUUUAUGAUACUUACGACACUUUGGGAAAAUUUGCAGAUAGGCAGUAUCAACAGGUUACAGCACACAUUGCGUCAGAUGUUUUUCAGAAAAAAAUCGAAAAUUUACAUAAAUCCAAUGAGACAAUAAAAAAUUUGCGAAAAGCAACAACACCAGAAGAGAGAAUUGCAAAAAUUUUUCAUGAGAAACAAAGCAGUAUUGACCAUACGGAAAUUGAAAAUACAAAGAAGGAAAAAGAUUACUUUUUACAUAUCGCCCUCAAGUAUUAUAUGAAAAACUUGGCAUGUAGUGAUAACUGCCAUUUGCAGAUAUUUAGAGUAAUGGCGUUAUUCUUGGAAAAUAGAACAUGUGCUUCCAUCAAAGAACUCAUUGAAAGAUACAUUCCAAAAAUACCAACCUAUAAAUUUCUUACUAUCCUACCUCAACUCAUUCCCCAUAUAGCAAUCAAAAAUACUGGGGAUAUGUUUUCUCUUAAAGCUAAUGAAAUAAUUGACAGAUGUGCAAGAGAACACCCACAUCAUACACUACCCAUAAUUUUAGCACUGGCGAACUCUCUAAAAGAUUCUGACUACAGUAAAAUUAAAACUAAAGUAUCUAUAAAUGAGGAUAGAGUUGCCGAAGCAAAAAAAAUCAUUAAGUCCUUGAAGAAUGACCCAGUUUUGAAGGGUAUAAUAAUUGGUUUAGAAAUUGUUUCUGAUGCAUUGGUUGAGCUUGCCUAUAUGGCAUCAAAGGAAAAAAGCAGAAAGUGUGAAAUACCAAAGAGAAGUAAAAUUGCGUCUAUUAAAAAUUUUCCUACAGUUGCGGUGCUAACUCAUAACUUACAAAUUCGAAAAAAUGGAAAAUAUGACGAUAUUGUGGGAAUAUAUAGUUAUGAAACACAGUAUAGCUUAGUAGGAGGGAAGAACGCACCCAAGAAGAUCAAAUGUAUAGGAACAGAUGGAAAUCCUUAUGAGCAGCUGGUUAAAGGCCAAGAUGAUCUUAGGCAAGAUGCUGUCAUGCAACAGGUUUUCACCAUAAUGAAUAGUUUGCUGUCAGCUAACAAACAUUCUUAUGGUUUGAAAAUUAGGACGUACAAGAUUGUACCACUUUCAAUGAGAAGUGGAGUUUUAGAGUGGGCCAAAAAUACGAUGCCUGUUAGUGCAUACCUCACAGGUGAUGGGGAAAUUGAAGGGGCCCAUCAAAGGUACAGACCUCAAGAUAAAAGACCCUCAACUUGUAGGGUAGAAAUUAAUGAUGCUGCGAAGACUAGUGCGGAAAACAGAUUGAAAGUAUUCAAUAAAAUUUGUAAAAAUUUUAAGCCUGUAUUCCAUAAAUUCUUUGAGGAAAAUUUUUUGCACCCUGCAGUUUGGUAUGAGAGAAGAAGGGCCUUCAUACACAGUGCAGCCACCACAAGUAUGGUGGGAUAUAUUUUGGGUAUAGGGGAUAGGCAUGUCAGUAAUAUCUUGAUAGAUAAAACUACAGCAGAAUUGGUGCAUAUUGAUUUUGGUAUUGCUUUUGAACAAGGUAGAACAUUGCCAACACCGGAAACGGUGCCCUUUAGGCUCACAAGAGACUUUGUUGAUGCUAUGGGUGUAUCUGGUGUAGAAGGAGCUUUCAAAAAAUCGUGUGAGAAAACUAUGACUAUUAUGAAGGACAACUACCAAACUAUUAUGGCCAUAUUAGAAGUGUUAUUGUAUGAUCCUUUGUAUAGUUGGACCGUGAGUGUAGCAGAAGCUAACAAACGACAGCGUGAUCCUCUUGAUGAUACUACACACUUUAGGACUUCACCCCAAUCUUGUGAAGCAGAUUUUUCGGUUAACACCACUGCACAAAGGGCCUUAAUGAGGUUGAAAGCAAAACUACUUGGUAUAGAGGAGGGAACUCCCAUGAGUGUAGAGCAUCAAGUAGCAGCACUGGUUCAUCAAGCUAUGGAUCCAGCGAAUCUGUCUAAACUAUAUUGUGGUUGGCAAGCAUAUUUGUAAGAGAAAAUAUUGUACAAUAAUGAUAAUAAGGAAAAGAUUGUUAAAAUUGAUAAAUGAUAUAUUUUUGUAGAUUUUGAUCAAUGUUGUGUUUGUGUUAAUUGUUAUUGUGUUCUUGAGAUAUUAUUACUUUUGAGAUUACAUAUUUUUAUAUCGAAA